AUGGGACACCAUUCUUGCUGUAACAAACAGAAGGUGAAGAGAGGGCUCUGGUCUCCCGAGGAAGACGAAAAACUCGUCAACUACAUUUCUACAUAUGGUCAUGGUUGUUGGAGCACUGUUCCAAGACGUGCUGGGCUGCAAAGAUGUGGAAAAAGUUGCAGGCUAAGGUGGAUAAAUUACCUAAGACCAGACUUGAAAAGAGGGAGUUUCUCUCCACAAGAAGCAUCUCUUAUCAUUGAACUUCAUAGAGUUCUGGGCAAUAGGUGGGCUCAGAUAGCCAAGCACCUACCGGGAAGAACAGACAAUGAAGUGAAAAACUUUUGGAAUUCUAGCAUCAAGAAGAAACUUGUCUCUCAUCAUGGCCUUCCUGACCUAUGCAACUUUCCUCCCAAUCUUUCAAGUGCUUUUGCUCCUGGUGCCUCUGUGGAAAGUUUCUUCUCAGUUAAUGCAAACCCUAAUCUGAUCCCAGGUGCUCAUUUCGAUAACUUGUACAUUCCAACCAUGGCAUCAACACUGCAAGGGUUUGAUCAUAACAUUCACAAUGAUAUCAUCGGAGUUGAUGAAAUGAACAAUUUCCCAAAUUUGGUCCCCGUGCCCACGGUGACUACUCCAAUGAUAGACUCUCCCAUAUGUUCAUGUGAUCCGGUAUGGCCGGCGGGCAAUCUGCAGUCUGACAAUCAUCAUCUUGAUCCUGCACUUGCUUCUGCCGCUUUAUUUAAUGCAUCAAACGUUCAACUCAUCCAUCCCAAAAUGAUCAUUCAAUCUUAUAACGAUGUUGACGAUGUACUAAUGGCUGAUGGGACGCCUAAAAUUUGUGAAAUCUUGGAGGAGGGUGAUCAAUAUAGCCUACCAUCUUUAUCUGCCGAUACCAUUUCUCAAGAAGUUGAUCCAAUUGCUGCUAGUCUCUCCAGUUUCCUGCCAUCUGCAUCUGAUCCAUGUGCCCAGAUCGAGCCUGGAAAUCGGCAGUUACUGGAAAGCAUUGAAUCACUCGUGUCAAUGAUGCCACCGUCUUCCUCUUCAUCUUCAUCAUCAUCGCUGUCAUUGUCUCAAUGUCUCCAGUACUACCAUGCAGCCAAUGCUUAUGAACCCUAG